UAAGAUAAUGCCUGAUAUAAAAGAGUUUCUGCCUGGAAGAAUCAUUUAUUAAACCGACAGUCGUGGUUCGGGAACUAGCCUCCACGAAACAUUCUAAAGGAAAGAUUCCAAGAUGGCCGUUCGGUGUUUCAUCAUUCUUCAGGCGCUAUGCGUGACCUUUUGCCUGGCCUAUUCACAGUCAAACGAGGAAACAGCUAGAGAAUUUAUAGAGCAUGUCCUCAGGAUUCCUGACCCUGAAAAGAUUCUGAACUCGGCACGUGGAAGACUUGAGAGGAGUAGACAACAAGAGAUGAGACAGCGUGUUUCUUCUGACGUCGAUUGUGAAGACCCCACUGAGUUGCUACCUGAAUACACGGCAUCGCUCCAAGGACCUCGAGAGUUGAGGCAGCUGGGAGCACAGAAACAUUACCCGAUCUGUCAUUUGGAAAGGAAAAUUAAGAAGCUGAAUACCAAUGAGUACGAAUACAGACCAGCUUAUUACGAAGAAGUUCGUUGCACCAUGUGGUCUAAUGAGGAUAUCGGAGACACUAAUGAGAUAUGUUCGAGCCUCGGGUUUGCCUGCGUGCAGUGGAACAAAACUAUACACCUGACUAGAAGACGAUACAAUAGCGAUUGUUGGGAAACCAGCACCAUGGUGAUACCAGCGGGCUGCGAGUGUAUGUGGCCUGUACAUCGGCUCGGAGACAUGAACCUUCGAGUUUAAGCCAACUGAAGACAGAAUCUCCCGUCCCAAGAACCACUAGAUAUCCCAAUUACAUUUAUCCAAAAAUUAUAUAGCCGUCAACCAUUUUGAGGCCCAAUUUCAUCGGCAAUAUAUACGUCAGUUGUCUUUAAAAAAAAAUUAACCUGUGAAUUUUCAGGUUUAAGUUUCAAAGUAAAAAGUCGUUUUCAGAAAAACGGUCGAGUGUGUUGUUGGUGAAGUUGGACCUAAGUUACACAAAAUAAUCUGUAAAAAGGUUUCAGUUUU